AUCAUAUUACUAAUCAACCCAUCUGCCGCAGAUGCUGUCAGGCAGAAGAAACGACCAAACAUCUCUUUUGUGAUUGUUUCUAUGCCCAAUCUAUUUGGAGAGCUUUCACAUCACUGUUUGUUUGAUCCGCAUCAAUCUUUGGAAGCAAAAAUGGAUGCAAUCCUCUCUGGCCACAUAGCUUCCAUCAACCCGGAUAUCCACCAAGUAGGUCUUUGGAUUUUGUGGAGAAUCUGGAAGAGUAGAAAUCUUCUUGUGUUCCAACAGCAGAAUCUUUCAUGGGAAAACGGUAUCGCUUUGGCUAAUAAUGAUGCUAGAGACUGGAUGGCUGCCAAUGAGUAUCUCCAACAGCUUCAUGAACCUGCGCCCAAUGUAUCAACAUUUCGGCAAUCUUCAAGAUCAACACAAUGGAAGAAAGCAACAAAUGGAUGGAUAAAAUGUAACUAUGAUGGCUCUUUUCUCAACAGUAAUGUUCCAUCCAAAGCAGGAUGGGUGUUUCGAGAUGAUAGUGGCAAUUUUAGAGGAGCAGGUCAAGCCAUUGGUUUAGUGACAUCAACUGCUUUAGAGAGUGAGUGGCAGGCACUUCUAAUAGCUAUGCAACAUGCUUGGACAAAGGGAUUCCGCAGGGUUAUUUUUGAAGGAGACAAUAAGCAACUUGUGGAUCUUAUAAAUCAACGACAAUUACAUUUUGCUUCAUUCAAUUGGCUCAGGGAUGUGUAUCAUUGGAAGCUGAAAUUUGAGGACAUAUAAAUCGUUUAAACAUCAAGAGCGAGCAAUCAACCUGCUGAUCAAUUAGCAAGAGACAACUCUCCUACUAGACCACUGUUUCAAAGCUUUUUACAUGUACCUAGCUUGAUUGCUACUACUAUUCACAAUGAUUUUGUAACUUCUGGUUAAUAUAUUGAAAUUAGCUGU